GUUUCUUGCAUCUAUCUGGGCCCAAGUUCCGGUAAGAAAUAUAUCUAUACUCGUCUGUUUCAUACAUCGACUUCUCCAUAUCAUAUGUAACAGUAAUGUUUUAUUCAUUAAAUAUAAUUAUUCUUUAUUCAUAAACUGUAUUUUUAAAUUGAACUUUGCACCUCGUUUCUGUUGCAAUUAAGUAAAUUUAAUAGCGCAAAAUGUUAAUUAUUGUGAUGCAUGAAGUAAAAUUAUCAUACCAGGUAUAUAGAUAACGAGAGCUACGGACAUGCAUGAAGUAAACAACAAUCUCGCGGAAAAAAAUUGAAAACCCAUUAAGGAUAUAAAACACGAAGAUGGUGGUUAUUUCUGGAAUCUUCCUCCUUUUGUUUAUUCGGGGGGAAACUGAGUGCACAGUCCUGGUUCAGCCAUCACCGAUCGCUAACGUGACUUAUGGAAAGCCUUUGUACUUCAAUUGUACAUUUUCACCUUCUUGGGAGUCUGCCACCCUUAACAUUCCUGGUGAAUCUGGCUUCAAAUUCGCCAUAUUUAAUGGCGGAUCAUGUAAUAUCCCAAAUGAUAAACGGGCCGAUUACAGCAUUGCUUGUCAUGGGAACACACUAACGUAUGGGAUUAUGAAGCCACGAGACAAUACAAUAUGGCGAUGUACCUUUAGCAGCUCGAGUGUUACGGAACACGGUAACACCACCGUCAGUUUACAAGCAGAUAAACCUGUCAUAUUCCCACAACGAAAUACCUAUACCAUCAUAGAGGGUUCCAACAUUUCCAUUCCGUGUACAUUUACUGGUGCACCGAUAUACAACACUACCUGGGAACACGACAAUAUUGUCCUGCAAUGGUCCGAUCAAACUCAGCCCUUGGUUCUGAGUUUACAGAAUGUCUCCAGAUCAGCUGCAGGAAAUUACACCUGUAACGUAACUGUUACCUUUAAGGGAUACUACACCGCCUCAAAUACAGUAGAUUUGAUCGUUGAAUAUCCGCCUACACUUAAACCAAGUAAUGACACUACCGUCAAUGAAGGAACCGGAACUGUGUCGCUUGCCUGUGAGAUUUUAGUAGAUGGGUAUCCCAGAAAUUACAGCGACCUCUACUGGCAGCACUGGAUAGACGACCAGUUGAUAAGAGAACUAGCUUCCGACACCCAUUCUACUGUUCCUGCUACUAAAAAAUAUCAUCUAACCUUGAAAUCGGUUUCGUAUAAUGACACCGGACGUUACAUGUGUUUAAUGGGAAAUGGAAUUUCAAAUUUUGAUGGGAGUGUAGAACAAACUGCUGAAGUUGAACUGUUUGUGCAAGCUAUUCCAAGAAUGUUACGAUCAAAACAUGAGUAUCAUAGCCAUGUUGGAAAAACAUUAAAACUACAGUUUCAAAGUGUGGGCCACCCAGAGGUACAUUAUCUUAUCAAUUUCUUGUCGGGAGAUACCACUAUUCCGUUCAAUGAAACGGAGACGUUAAGCACAAUGGAUGUAGACAUAAAUGAUAAAGUAGUUAAAAUGAAUGGAACUACCUUGGAAAUGGAUUUUAGCAAGAUAAGACACAGAUUCCGCACACGUUACCAGUUGAUAGCAGAAAAUUCCAUGGGAAGAGUAACUCAUAACUUCUUGGUUCAAGGACACGAUUUUCCGAGUAAACCUUUCCAUAUCCAUUUCAAAGAAUACGAGGCCUCCGCUUUCCUUGAGUGGGAAGCUGUCAGUCCAGACUUAGACAUGACUUAUGAAGUUAUUCUUAAGAAUUAUACUGGAGACGACAUUCUCAAUAUAAUUCCUGGAUCAAAUGCAAAUAUAUACGAAUAUUGGUUGACUAAUCUCACACUGAACACCGAUAAUAUCCUUCUGUUGUGUACAACAAAUGUUGUGGGUAGAAAUUGCAGUUCCACAUUCAAAAUAAAAAUGGACAAACCUCUAUCUAUAACUUUGCAAGCCAAUCAAGUGAUAUCGGAAACGACUUUGAUCCCUGUUGUUGUUGGUUGUGUGGGACUUCCGAGCAUCCUUGUCUUUAUUCUGAUUGCCUGGAAUCGAAGAAAGCAUUGUAAAAGCAGAAGUCUCGUCUCCCUAGAAAGACAAAAUGCUUCCUUGGGAAGGAAUAGUUAUUCGAUGCAAAGACUGACUAAUGAUUACGGGUCCUCGGAAAAUAACCGUGAAAGGACAUUGGACCUCUCUACUGACACUUACCUGACACAACAAUGCCUGAUCUCACCGGAAUCGCAAUCACAAUCACCCUCGUGUCAAUCAAAUGUGGAUGCGAAUGAAUAUGCAAGUGUUGACGAUCAUACUGUUAUGAAGAUGGCUGCUCAACGAAAUCACAAUGUUGGAACAUUCCAGUUAAAUGGUGAUAAACCAAUGAGCACUGGCAGUGUGCCAAGCCUCCCAUCCCGGGCAACUCAUAACGCUAAUCAAACCAUGGUAACUCCUGACACCACCCCAGGAAAUGAGUGCAUGGCGAUGGGGAAGAGAGCAGGUAUCCCGAAGUCACAUAUGUCUCCAAGCUUGCUGCUUAAACUUCCCAACCAACCCGUCAGCGAAGACUGUGAUAUCACUCACUACGUCUCUAUAAAUGAUGAAGAUGAAGAUAAGAAAAGUCCGGAAGUUCAGAAUGGUGGCCACGGUGAAGAUAAACAUCCCAAAAAGUACAUUCGGAAGUGACUUCUUGUUUCCGUUGGUUUAUCAGCUCGGCAAAUAAAGUACUGGGAAGCGCCAGGCUUAGUCUGAAAGUAAAUGAAAUUUGAAUAUUGAUGUCGAAGAAUUUGUAUGGUUAAUCAUAGGCGUAGCUUGGGUUCGAAUAUUACCGAGGCAGGGGGUCUGGGGGCUGCGCCCCCCAUAAGCUAUCGACAUUUUAACAACGUAAAAGGUGGUGUGUUUUUUUUUACCGAGGCAGCUGCCUCGGUUGCCUCAAUCGAAGCUACGCCACUGUUAAUGAGAAGUUAAAGAAAUGUGUCAUAAUACUUGCAUUUGACAAUAUCAGAUUUCAAUGUGCUUCGUCAGUCAGUAAAAGGUUUUUUUCUGUAUUGUAAACCCGAUCGUAUUUUAUUUUCUGAAACAUACCCAUCAUCUGUGAAAUUAUUUGUAUAUAUAACACAUUUCAACAAUGGAGCUGCGUAUACUAGUUUCGUUACAUUAACCAUUUGCAUGCAAAUAAAGCUCAUGUUGUUUAGAUAUUUUACACAUUAGAUAUACCAAUUUUUACAGAUUAUUCCUCACUUGUGAUUUGUUGUUAUGACAUGCAGACUCGUUGAUUUUUUUUUUAAUGUUAUCUACACUCAAGGUCUUCACUUUUAAAUUUCACUAUAUUACAAAUUUCAUAUUUUAAAAACUUCACCAAAACUUGAUCAUUAAUAUUAUCAUUAUGAACUUUUUUAAAACAUAUGCAGAAUUCACUCAAGAUUCAUGACAAUUGUUACUUUUAGUGUUAUUUUUUAGAAUAUUUUUUGUGGAUCGAUUUAUCAAUUACGGGGUAGAUUUUUUUAAAUGCUAAUUAAUAUGAAAUAUGUAAGUUCAAAUAAAGUUUUUACAUGAUUAUCCUAAUAAGUGUUAAAAACUGUAACACAUACAGGAAAAAUAACAAAAACAGGUUUAAAUCUAGGUGAUUAUACAAUAUCUGUGGAAAUUUUUACAGUAGAAAUAGUUUUAUCAGUGGUUUAAAAAUUGUAUUAUUCAAUGAAUUAUUUAGUGAAAAAUCAACAGUGCAGAUAUACUUUUGAUCCUUGAGUGUAUUAAUGAAACACUGGUUCAAAACAGCAUGACCCUUCAACUUUACCACAAUGCACGUAAUAAAUCCUGGGCUGGGGGUUAUAUAACUUUUUGAGCACAUUUUCAUACUCAAACCUGAAUCCGUGCACUACAAUGUACUGGUACUCAAAAGUGAAGAUUAUAAAUAUUAAACUUAAAAUUAUUCUCGAACUCAAAUGGAGUACAUGUUCAACAUUUUUCGAGUAUGCUUUGAGCUUGCUCAGAGUUGUACUCAAUAAAAAUACGGCUGAGUUUGAGUAUGAGUAGGGUAAAAGUUUUAUAACCUCCAGGCCUGGUUUUGCCACUUAUUCUUUGUAACGCACCAUAUAAGAGAAACUACACAUUCACAUGAAAUUUUAAAUAUUUCUCCAUUGAUCAUCAACAUAACAAUAAUUUGAAAACUCAGUUAUGUAUACAUAGUGCCUCGGGAAAUUGAUUUUCAUUUGAAUAUUGGCAUACUAAAUUAAUGUGUUAGAGUUACGUCAUUUUCUGGAAUUCUUUGUUGUUUCCCAAAGAGUUCUAAAGAGUACCUCUGACUUUUUUCCUAAAUAAUACCCAAUUAUCUGAAAAUUAUAAUGAUUUUUAGUUAUGUUUCGUGAACUCGGGAAAUCACACUGUAUUUCAAUUCUCAGAAGAUUCUCAAUUGCAUCGCAUUAAAUUCCAAAGAAUUAUAUUCGUAAAAAGAUUCUCAGUUCAGUCUUACUUCUGACAAGUGUAUCUCAUUUUUUCAAAAGAUUCUCUGUUAUGCCUGAAUUCUAGAGCAGUUGUGAACAAUAAUUUAGAAAAGUUCCUACAACAGGCUACAAAGUUACGAUCUUCAUGUAAUUUAAGAAUUCUGUACUUGCUACGACAUUAUUCACGUGUAUUGUUAUGUGUAUGUUGAAAUGCAUUGAUUUUAUAUCCUCAAAAUUGUAUCUGUAUGCCUACUCACCCUCUACGGUCUUAUUUGUAUAUAUUUGUAAAUAUUUUGUAUUUAUGAGCUGUAUAGCUUAAGGAAAUAAAGAAUCUGAAUCUGUGCAGUUAUCGAAAGAGAGGAAGAGUUUUCGAGAAGCUACAUCCAGUAUUCUAAUUUCAACACGCAUGAGUGAGUUCAGGGUAUAGAAAUACGUCUAGUAUAGACUAGUUACGUAGUUACCGAUACAAGUUGUGAUAACGUUAGCUUUAUUAAUAGCAGCCGGUGAUAUGAUCAAAUCAAGAGGAAAGUGUUUGAAAUAAAUCCUUAAAUUAAAUUUGUUAGUGUAAGUUAUUUCCUUUUCGACACAAUCAAUACUUUUAACCAAAAAAUGGAGAAUAAAUACUCAUAUAGACUUACUAAGUGUGUGCUUUCCCGCCGUUCGGGUGGGUGUAUAGCAGCUUGUAGACACCCUUAUGACAAUGAAAUCUGUACUCACCGCGUGUGUACGUAAAUAUAUCGUACGUAAGGGUUCAUCGAAGGGUAACAAUUAUUGAACAACUCAGAAAGUUAGUAUUGUGUCACCGAUUUCCAGCAAUUGUUGGUUAAGGAAAUCAACAGAAUCAACAUUUCUUUUUUAACUUAAUCAUUUACAUACUAUUGUAAAUACGGGUUGGUUUUGUUUUUUUUUUUUUUUUAUUAUUAUUAUUAUUAUUGUUUGGGGGGGGGGUUUUGUUGGUUUUUUGUUUUCUUUUUGUUUUUGUUUUUUUAUUGGUCAGAUAAAUUCUCUUUAUUUAUCGUAAUUGCAGUCGGUUGCGGAAUAUACGUGUUGUCAUGUACUGCUAUUGAUAUCAUAGAUAGGGAUAAACGGAGCAUAACUUGAAAUUGAAUUGGAAAAUAAAGAAAUUAUUAACUUAAUCUUGUCGCCGUUGUGAACUUUGAUUAAAGAUGGAACAACGAAAAUAAUUAAAUUCUGUGUUAGAACUAAACUGAGGCAAAAAAAAAAGAAAAAAAGGGAAAGUGUAUCUAUCCAGUAGUUUAAAAAUGACAUCAUUAUCUCUACGGAAAAGGAAGACUGAUGAUAAUGGGAUCUAUUUAAGGCAUAACCUCGCGGGAGUUCUUAGGUUGACCUUGCAUUUCUAAUGUACACUGUAAUUUAUCCAUCCAGAUCAAUGCUAAUGAUUUACAUACAUGUUUAAAUAGAAGUAUUGUGUGUAUACAUAAUGUGUAAGUGUUUUCAUGACUGUACACCAACCUCUCUCCUAUUUGGCCAAUUGAAACAACAAUUUAUCAAUAAUUUGAAUAUACUUGUGCAUAUAUAAAUGUGAAAAAAAUAUAGUAUUCCUUUGUAAUGUUACAAUAGGAAGGGAAGACUUACUUGCGCAAAUUAAAUGUUUUUAUCAACCUAACCGGUUUCACAGUGGAAAUGUUUUGGACAAAAAUAUUUGGAACCUUUUAAAUUUGUUUGGAUAUUUUAUGUGCAUGCUGCUCAUUUUCAUUUUUAGUUUUGUAGUCAAUGUUUUUAUUUGAAAUAAAGGUAUUUGAUAAUAAC